AUGCCUAUGAUUUUAGUAAUGUUGACAUUGGAGGAGGAGGUCAAAUUUGUAUGGUAUUCUCCGUGGACAACCGUGAAAACGUUCUUCUUAAUAGUCCGUUACUUUGCUUUCGGUUGUAUCCUCACCUUCACUACCUUAAAUGUUUUACCUCUGCGGACUACACCGAUAUGUAUCGCGAUUGAAUCGUUUGCUAUUAUCAGUGUUGUACUAUUGUCCUUCGUCGAAGUUAUCCUGCAGAUACGGUUAUUCGCUCUAUAUAAUAAUGACAAAAGAGUGGUAAUCCCCGUCAUGAUAUCAUUUGUCAUGAUGGUGUUUGCUCAGUUGGGAAUGGCUAGCUACGAAGUCUAUUUCAACAAUC